AUGUCCGAAAUCAUUCGUCUCCCCCACAAACCUGAUACCCCACUAUCGUACCGAUUCCUACCGGGACAAGGCCCCUUGUCUACCACCCAUCUCGUCGUCUUCCUGAAUGGUCUUAUCGUUUCCCAAGCCGGCUGGGAGCUAACCAUAGAGCACCUGCAGAAGAGAUGGACCGAGCACAGCCGCGGUACCAGUUACCCGUCACUGCUCACCUAUGACCGUUAUGGACAGGGUGAAUCCUCCCGUGAUCCGACCGACGAACAGAACGGCGGAGUUCACGACAUCCGCGAGGUUGUCCGCGACUUGCAUGCCUUAGUGCAGUAUAUAUGGGAGACUAAGACGAGGAAUAUUCAAAAUAGAAGCGGGGUAGAGCAAGCAAAAGAGGCGCCUCAGCCGAAGUUGGUAUUCGUCUCUAAUAGUAUCGGAUGUGUCAUCGCGCGCCUUUAUACUGAGACUUACCCAGGCAUUGUUGAGGGUUUACUGCUACUAGAUAGCAACAUUGCUAAUAGCGACCUUGUCUCCGUCUUCCCAGACCCCGAUGCCCCCGGAUUCGACCCGAAAGUGCUGCCUAGUGAUGCGACGGUUGAGGAGCUACGGCGCACCCGCGCUGCCUAUGAUUCCUACUUCCGCCCAUCAGUACCAAAUCCGGAACACCUAGACCGAAGGAAUAUCGCUGACCUACUACCACUCUCGGAUGCACCACCGCUGCAAGGCCCGGGGUCAAUAGGGCCAUGGAUUACAGUUGUCGGGCAUGACUGGGAAACCUUCGCCGAAGAGGGAGAGAAAGGGUUCAUGAAUGUGCCCAAGAGCUUAACCAAUACAUUCCUUAACCCGGAGUGGUCUAGGUACAAUGAGGGACUCGUGCGGCUGACACAGCCCGAGAGAGCGCGUGGUCCCGUGAUAGCUACGGGUUGCGGACACUUUAUUCAAAGGGAUGAUCCGGCAUUUGUUGCGGAGCUUACGGAGAACCUACUAGAGAAGGUUAAGGCCGGCACUACAAGGUAG